AUGUUGAACGUUGUGUACAAGCGGAAACAGAUAAACUUUGAUGUAACGUACAGUGGGAAGGUUUGCCAAAGCUGGGAUCGUAAAUAUCCUCAUGAGCAUGACUUUUUCCAGGAUUAUUUUGCAACUUAUGUUUUCUUGUAUGAUAUUCUUGGUAAAGAAGAUACCAAGAAUCCGCAAAUGAACUAUGGCGAUAACGAAACAAUUGACUUUUACUGUGACAAUGGAAAGACUGUGCCACAUCACGCCAAGUGUAAUGGUAGAUUUGAAUGUAAAGAUCUAACAGAUGAAAACGGUUGCCAAAGGAACUUUACAGGACAUCAGCUGUUGCCACCUUUCAAUGAGAGUGAAAACAUAUCAUCAUAUAAUUUCAUCGGGAUGUUCUUCGUUUGCACAACUAACGAAUGGAUAAACAUAAUUGCCGUCUGCGAUACAGUUACAGAUUGUUUUGAUUCUUCAGAUGAGAAAAAUUGUGCCGAUUUGUCAGAUACGGUGUAUCUACAUGCCUAA